CCUGCUUAACAAAACAUAGCAUACCCAAAACAUAUGGUUUGAACAAUUCUCAAUGAAUAAACACUUCGGAAGUGGGGUCUUUGCUCCGUCAAUAUUAUCUUAAUUCAAAAGCUUAAUAAUAACUACUGUUUGGCUGACCCGAAUGUAUUAUUCUGACGUUGCGUGCACUGGGUUACCAGUUUUAAUUGCGGUAUUUAAUCAUUGAUAUAACAGUUGCAUUACGAUAUGUGAAGACUCUUGUUAUAUGAGGUCAAGUCAAUAAUAAGUAUAAAAGCAUAGCCUCUCUGAGAAGACAUUAAAUAAAAGAAUUUAGGAGUGAAUAGCUAUUUAACACGGUGAUGAAUCCAUCUAAUGGGAGAUUUCGGCCUAUGACCGAACCAAAGGGACAGUAUGUCACCGGAAAAACUAAGAUAGUGCCUGUAGCUUCUGCUUCGAAUGCAAGACAAAUCAAGUUGCCAACAACGGACCAAACCUCAAGUUUCAAACGAUUGAACGUGAAUAAGGAUAAACGUGCGACUCGACUUAAUGAUAGAUCACAGGAAUCCUUGGAUGUUAAUGGAGCGUCUAUAUAUGGAGUAUGGACAAGCAGAAAAUACGCAAGAAGACUAGCCCAAAAGGUUGCAGAAAAACGUGCUACAAAAGCCGCGCUGGUCAGCAAAGAAAAAGAACCAACAUAUCGCCUCGAACCGGAUAAAGUGUUUAACGAUGAAAAGGUGAAACGCCUAAUGGAUGAGAUCCUUAAUGAUAGACUUUCGGAUAUGGCAUACACCCCCAAUGCUGCUCUCAUGAUGUCAAGGGUCUUAACAGAAGAGAUUAAAGAUGCAGUGAAGAAAUUGAACUACACAAGAUACAAGAUCAUUGUUCACACGGUGAUUUCCCAGAAUAUUGGACAAGAUGUGCGUGUUGCCAGUAGAUGUGUAUGGGACGCUAACUUUGACACAUCUGCAACAAGCACAUUCGCAAACUCAAACGUGAACUGUUCCGCCUCUGUGUAUGCUGUGUACACGGACUAAUGAAAGGAAUAGACUGACACAUGGCGAAUGUUGCCAAGAAAAUAUUAUUUCUGAUUAAAAAUUGCGCAUUGUGUACGACGGCUUUCCAGGGCCUCAGGAAGUAUCACACAUUUGUACAGAAUAUCGAUUCGGUUUCGGAUGCAUUUGUAUCUUUUUCGGAUGAUUGUCACCAAGUUGUAGACAAGAGAUAUCUGCUCCCGGGAGCUGGUCUCGGUGUUCGAAGCCGAUUUAAAUUACUGUAUUCUUAAUAACAUUUUUCUUGUCAGGAUGAGCCUCUUAGAGACAGUAAAUAUGAGAAAAUUUAAUCGAUCAAUAUAGUGAAUUCCACCCCACGUUGUGUAAUCCUCAGAAGAAUGAUGUUAUAUUAAAUGCAGUGUUUACAAAGAUUAUUGAUAUUUAGUAUCAACAGGGAUGGUUAUACAUUGAUGAUGUAAUAAUCAAUUAAUGAGGAUUAAAGUACAUGCAUAAAUCUAUAGUUAGUUACAUAAAUAAUCCAAUGAAGCACUGAUGAGUUCAAGUCACUUUUGAACAAUUGAUCCAUCAU